UUGCUGUAUUUUGUUAAAAGUAAUUUAUCUAAAAGAGGGAAAGCGGUCAAGAAACGCAAAGAAAAUUUCACUGCUCAGGCUCAGGAGCUCCAGUUGUAGCGCAAAGCAAAAGAAUUUGAACUCAUUCAAUAACCAUUCGCACCCUUUUGCUCGCAGAAAUAUUUGAUGAGCUUGAGAGAAAUCUAGCAAGACAAUGUGAAGUCCUUUCUUUUUCCUCUUGAAGGCUACAAAGAGCAAAUAAUAGAGAAGAUAAAAACCAAACAGAGAUGUUUUCUUUGUUUUUUGGACUUUGGAAGUAUAUAUUCAGUAAGACAGAGUUUCAUGUUCUUAUUCUUGGAAUUGACAAGGCUGGGAAAACAGUAAUAUGUUUACUACUCUUCUUUCGCUGUUUCAUUACAUCCUCAGCUCAGUUGAGCAUGGAGAAUCUGCUACUUUACUGGAGAAGUUGAAAGCACAAUACUCAAACUUGGAAGGUCUUCCUCCUGAUAGAAUUGUGCCGACUGUGGGGCUAAACAUUGGGCGUAUUGAAAUCUCAAAUACAAAGCUAGUGUUCUGGGACCUGGGAGGUCAG